CACGUUUUUAUGAAUAUUUUAUCAUUUACAUUAUUUCUCCUAUUGAAACGAGGGGUACAAUAGAAAUGACAACAAAUCUUAUACCAUCAUCAUAAGACCACAAGAAAAAUGUUGUAGUUCUCCAUUAUAACAAGGUGAUGGAUUGCACUGAGGAUUCUUGCCAUGACAAAUCUUUAGAACCAUUCUCUUUGGAAGGCAGUGGUCUAGACAAUGAAACAGAGCCUAUUUGUAACCAAAGAACUAGCACUCCUACCAAAAACAUGUCCCUUCUUCACAGUGAAGUUUUAGUAACUACAAAUGGACAGGUAUCAAACCAAGAGGCUGUGUUGUCUCCUGUUUUAAAUUCUGGGUGUCAAUCUAACACACAGACUCAUGAUCAGGAUCAAGAGAGUUUUUCACAAGAACAAAGUUUUCACUCCCUCAGAGAAUAUUCAACCCAGGAGAAUUCAAGAGAAGAGUCCCAGUCACUUUAUACCUCGGCAUCGUCUAAUAUAAAUGACACAGUAAUUGCAGACAGUUUCAGUGCAGAGAAAGAGAAUAUUCUGCACCUACCUAAGAAAGAAACUUUACACCAAGUGACCUUUAGUCCUGAAAAUCUUAGUAAAACUUCUGCUGAAGACAACUCCUGGGCAACUGCCCAGGGCUCAUUUCAAGAUGAUCCUGAUGUUGAGGAUGUGACUCUGAAACAAGAGCCAAGUUAUUUGUCAGAAGAAUCAUUUGAUGAAUCUGUGGAUCAUUCUUUUCAGGAGAAGGACAUUGUCAAAAGAUCUGGUGAUUUCAUGCAAGAUUUAAAUGAUUCAACAUACAAAGAAAUUGCAUUUGCUUUCAUGAAUGACCAAAAUUUGCAAUAUGAAAAAAAUGGUGCCAAGGAAAUUGCUGAAGGAACAAAUCAUGCAGAGGAUAUGGACUCUCCUGAUUUAGAACUUUUGAAUGAGAUCUGUGAGGAGGCCACCAAUAUGACAAUUAAAGAGGCCUUGAUAUUUUCUUUAAAUCCAGGAGUACGAGCUGGAUUAAGAGAGGGUAGAUUGUCACUAAAUGAGAGUGAAAUAUUAGCCCUGGAACAGUACUGUGAAACUUUUAUUGAUAAUUUGAUUUCAGAGCUUUUGGAUGGACAGUGGUCAGAGAGAAUUAACAGUGAAAUUCAUGAGCAGGUGCUUCUUGAUAGCAAGGUCUUAGUGGCUAAAAAACUCAGCAAUCUUGAUUUAGAAACAUUGAAAUUGAACUGUGAUAGAUUUGUUCGUAGUGUCAUCACAGAGUCAUUGCAUGAUGCUAGUUUUGCAAUCCACACAAGGGACACUAAACCAACUGAAAUUAAUGGGGGAGAAAAAAUGAGUUCACUUGAUCAAAACACCAUCCAAGAACUUCUUCCAAUUUUCAAAAAAUCUACAGCCAUCCAGGAUUAUAUCGGAUUUCUUUCAGCAGACAUUGUUAAGUCAGCAUUGGCAAAGUUGUCUACUUCAGAAUCCAUAGCAACCAACAACGAUGAGAAAAAUGGUCAGUUAACAUUGAAUAACAAUAGCACAUCACACAUCAGAACAGGCGCAGAGGAAGCAGGUGAUUCUUCUGAAUGUGAAGAAGCAUUAUUUGAUGAAAAAACAAAGACUGACUUGAGGAAAUCUCAGGGGAAGUAUACAAACAGUGGAGAUCAAGGUGAUAAAACAAGAACUGAUAUUGCACCAAUAGGCAUUGAUGAUAAUUAUGAGCCACACUAUGAGGGAGAAAGAGAGGAGCUUUCAGACAAUGAGCAGAUUUUUUCUAGCAGUGUAGGUGGUGCUUUAGAGACAUCACUGGAGUUUGAUCCAGAUGGUGGUAUGUGGGACGAAGGGGAAAUGUUCACAAACUUGAAUUCAUUGGAUGCAGAGCGAAAACAGAAAAUAGUGCUUAAAGAAUUAUCAUUUGAUGAGCAUGCUGAUGUUGCUGGAACAGAAGUGUUGGCACCUGUCUUCCUUGCAAUUGCAGAGGAGAAUGAUGAUGAUAGUGAAUUUCAAGGAAUGAGAAAGAAAGCCCAGUCAAUUGAGAACUUGUGCACUGUCAUCAACGAAAAUGAGAAACAUUUUUCAGACAAUCAAAGGCAAAGAAGUUAUUCAGCUCCAAAGAAAAUCACCCAUCUUUUCCAAACUGACAUCAGAACUGAAGAGGAAAACAGUGAUAAUGCUGAAGACAGUGAAACUGAAGUUGAGGAACAAGAGUAUGAGGGAGAUGAAAGUGAGACUGAAAAUGCUGAUGAGCAAGAUGAUGAUGAGACAAGGGUGGAAGAAGGUAUUCUUUCAAAAGCUCAGCUAGAAGCUGACUCUUCAGAUGAGAACAGGUUCCGUUGGCAUACUGUUAGCGUACAUGGCAGGGACAAGAUACUUGACUUGAAGCUCCUGGAGCCAUACAUGAAAGUCAUCUCUCAUGGAGGUUAUUUCAGUGAUACUAAGUCAACCAUUGUUGUGAUUGCUGCCUGUUAUCUACCUGAGAAGACUAUUAAGAACUAUGAUUUUCUAAUGGAGCAGCUUUUCUUUUAUGUCAUUAGCACUUUGGAACUUCUGGCAAUCCAUGAGGAUUACUAUCUGGUGUACUUGAACGGUGGAACAAGACAGCAAAACAUGCCAUCUGUAACUUGGAUGAAAAGAUUCUACCAAUAUAUUGAAGGAGGCCUGAAAAAGAUGAAAGAAAUGUUCAUUGUGCAUCCCAGUUUUCGACUCAAAGCAGUUAUUACACUUGCCAAACCACUCAUCAAUGCCAAUUUUUGGAGGAAACUAAGUUUCAUAAGCACACUUAGUACUCUUUCAACCCUUGUUCCAGUAGAUUACAUUUACAUCCCUGAUGAAGUGAUGAGAGUUGACCCAACUUACAGACAAGUGCACAAUAGGUGAAAGCAUUCAACUCUUGGGAAAUUACUCUGGGAUUUAUUAAAUGAAAGGAUUUUUGAGACAUAAAUACAUUUAGUUAGUGUACUAACCUUGUAAUAAAAUUAUGACAUACCUUCACUUAGCUUAACUAAUUGUUGGUGAAUCUGAUAUUAAGAUUCUUAUUCUUAUUCUGAAGCUUCUUGUUAGCUUACUGAGGCAGGUCAACCUACCAUUGUUUAAUUAACCCUUUAAAUCCCAAGAUCUGAUCAUCAAUUUUCCCCUUUAGCUCCUUCAUGAUAACUGAAUUUGAAUUUUUUUCAUUACCUGUUUGUUGGAUAAUGUGUGGAAAUUAAAACAGGAAAUUACAUCUUAAUCACUUAUGGGAGGUAAUGGGUUAAGUGACUGAAUUUUGAUAUAAGAGGCAAAUACAGAUGGCUUUCUUUAUACUCCUUAUCAUUUGUUAGUAUGAGCCUUGUUUGUACUUUUGUUUGC